GUGAAGCACGUUUCUUCAACUUACUUCAUCUAUACGAUCAUGGACCUGAAAGUGGCUGUGGUGACCUUGUGCCUGUGCACUUUGGCUUUCCACUCGACUGAAGGUGGCAUCCUUAAAUGCUGUGUGAAAACCAGACAAUCCGUCCCCAGAAUAAAACUCAUGACGGUCAGAAGAUGGUACAUGCAAGACAGCAGCGGCCCCUGUGACAUCAGUGCACUCAUCCUUCAUGUGGCGGGCCAGAAGAAGCCCAUUUGUGCUCAUCCCACAGUGAGGAAGCAUCUGAAGCAGAUUCGGCUGGAGAUGAUGCAAAUGAAGCUGAGAAAAGGGAACUGAAAUGCAGCGAACGGUGUAUGUCUGAC